AAAAAAAGCCUCAAACGCCACAAUAAUCCCCAAUCUCAACCACCUACCUAAACACUCCGUCCCUAGUACUAGACUAUACUAGCACCAUCUCAGCCACGCCCAUAAUAGAUUUUACCCCAAACUAUACAAUAAUAUCAAAACCAAAUAAAUAAAUAAAAAAAUCAUUAUAAAAAAAAAGGAAAAGAAAAACCCCCCUUAAUCCAAAGAUCCCCAAAGCCCCCAAACCCUCGAAUGACAUCAUAAAAUCUACACAACCAUCAUCUCCCAACCCAAACGCCCCAUGCCAAAGAGAACCAGAAAAAGAAAAUAAAAAAAGGACAGACAAUAAAACCCAAUAUUAUAAUAACAGAUGCUAAUACAUCAUACCAUAACGCAAAAAGAAAAAGAAAGCAAAGAAAACAAAAGCUACUAUCCCCGGUCGAUCUCAAGCAAAGUUCAGCAGAAAAGGAUAAUUAAGGAAGAUGGUUCCCGCGCGCCGCAUACGUCAUGUUUCAGGUUUGAGGCUGAGCUGCAUCUUUUCCUCAUUCUUUUUGCCUUUUUUUUGUUUUUGUUUUUGUUUUUAUUUUAUUUCACAGUUGUGGCUGGGGAGUUUGGGACUGAGUGAGUGGUGAUGGUGCGCGUAGAGAUUGCGAUUGUUGGGUAUUUUGUGAUAUGAUAUGAUGGUUGUUUUUGUUUUUCUGGAUAUGGUGGUGUGGUUUUGAUGUAUGGGGAUUUUUGGUUUUUAUGUUUGGUCUCUAUAUGUAUGUAUGUUAUAGGUUCUGUACGUACGAAGUAUGUUUCUAUCUACUAUAGUUGGUUAUUGCUAUAGGAGGUUAUGAUGGAUUUGGGGGUACUUGAUAAUAUUGUCGUGUUUUGUGUUUUGUGUUUUGUUUCGUCGAGUCCGGGACUCUCUGUCUUAUCUUAUGUGUCAUUUGGAACUAAGCGUUUAAGCGUGUUUGCCUCUUUUUAGGGGGGGGGGGGG